AUGCCACCAUCGACAUCGCUAUCACAGAGUCCUACGAUCCGCAUCCAGAAAUCGAGCCCUACGCCAGUAUCUUCUUCAUCACAACCACCCAUGCUAGCCCAGAGUGCCCUGGUGGGUGGAUGGAACGACGGGUACAACAGCCCGGGGGGAUAUCUGAGCGCACUGCCAAAGAACUUUCAAGACCAACGCUACCACAAAAGAGAUUCGUCGGGGUCCUCUGUAACCUCACUGGGUCCGCCUUCGCCGCUCACCCAGAACACUAUAUACCCACACAUUGUCGCCACAUCUGACUCGAGUUUUCCCCCAUCCUACGACUUCGAUUACUCUCAAACUCCACACACUGCGAAGUCAGACUCUGCCAUGAUGUACCCCACCAACUUCGCUGCUGUUGAUAUGAGGAGGAUACAUUCGACAGGCGCCGACGAGCGUGCGUCAUACGCUCUCUCCGCGCCGCAGUCGGUGUCGACCAUGAGUCACAAUUCGCCCGCGACGCCGCACACUACUUAUGAGCCCGAGUACGAUGAGAAGAAUGUCUAUGGUGAGGAGAACUCUGACGGCGACGAUAUGUUUUUCGAUUACUUACAAUUGGAUCCAGGCUACUCCAACGCCUAUCAGCAGUCCUUGCAAGAUGUCUUCCCCGACCAGCAUUUUGCCAAUCCCUUGAGCGCCUACCCCCAGGCGCAACCGAACAUGCAGCAAAGGAUCGCUGUCAACGCUCACAGACAGAACAUGAUUGCCGAGAGACUCCAGGCCGCUCAACAAGACCACCUGAGAACUGAAUCGCCGACAUCGAACCCUCGCGACAAAUCGCCCUUCAGGCAAAACUCGCCCUACAGCAUGCCAGCGCCAACUCAGCGACCUCAGCCAACGCUGCAAAAGCAACGCACCUCGAUCUCGCCCAAAGAAUUGAUGUUGGAUGAGCACGAUGUGGACGAUCACUCGACGCCUCUGUUCGCGGCCGACCAGUCGCAAUCGAUGUUCGCAACCCGUAGAACCCCGUCGAAUCUUUCCAGCUUCUACACUGCUGCCAACGAGCCCUCAAUACAAAUGCCCCAGCAAUACCCAUUUGUCAGCCAGGCGUCGAGGCACGGUGGCCAGAUGGGAAUGCACGACAUCAGUCCCGAUUUCCCAGCCCACAUGAUCUCGAUGGAGUCGACUGCAGACGAAUCGUCGGAGCCUUCCAGCCAGCAGCCGAUGCAGAGAUCUAGGCCACAGUCGCAGGCCGCUGCGCCUCAACAACAGCAACAGCAGCAGCAGCCACAAAUCCAACAGCGGCCGGUCGACACGUCAUCUGACUCGGGUACCUACUCGUGUACGUAUCAUGGUUGUCACCUGAGAUUUGAUACGCCAGCGAAACUUCAGAAGCACAAGAGGGAAGGUCACAGGCAGACUUCGCCGACGUCAGCCGCCUCAGCAAACUUAGCCUUGCGCAACUCGCAAGCUGGACCGCACCGAUGCGAUCGGAUCAAUCCCAGCACGGGCAAGCCUUGCAACUCGAUCUUUUCUCGGCCGUACGACCUUACAAGGCACGAGGAUACGAUUCACAACGCCCGGAAGCAGAAAGUCCGCUGCCAUUUGUGCACGGAGGAGAAGACCUUUUCACGGAACGAUGCGCUGACACGACACAUGCGCGUGGUGCACCCCGACGUUGACUGGGUCGGCAAGCAGAAGCGCAAGAACCAGAAGUGA